AGUGAGGUGAUUUGCGCGCUUUCUGCUAUUUAGGCAAGGGAUCCGAUUUCUAGGGUUUCAAUUCUCUCACCCAUCGAUCGAUUGAUUGCGGUUUGGUUCGAUUGCAGCUUCAAGGAGCCUUCAAUGGCUCCGAUCCCGAUCCGAUUGGAGGCGUCUCGGCAAACCUACGCAACCAGCAGUUUGGUGAUCGGCUACGCUCUCUGCUCCAGCUUGCUCGCCAUCAUCAACAAAUUCGCCAUUACCAGAUUCAAUUACCCCGGCCUCCUCACGGCGCUGCAGUAUCUGACCUCCGCUCUCGGCGUCUGGAUCUUCGGCAGGUUAGGGUUUCUGCAACACGAUCCGUUCACUCUAGAAACCGCGAAGAAGUUCCUUCCUGCAGCAUUCGUCUUCUAUCUAGCGAUCUUCACCAACACGAAUCUCCUCCGCCACGCCAAUGUGGAUACCUUCAUAGUUUUCCGGUCGCUGACGCCGCUGCUCGUCGCGAUCGCCGACACAGCUUUCCGGCGGCAGCCGUGCCCUUCCAAGCUAACCUUCCUUUCAUUGGUGAUCAUAUUGGGCGGCGCCGCCGGGUACGUCGCCGCCGACGACGGAUUCACCCUGACGGCGUACUCCUGGGCAUUUGCCUAUUUGGUGACCAUAACAACAGAGAUGGUGUACAUAAAGCACAUGGUGACCAAUUUGGGGCUCAACACUUGGGGCUUUGUGCUCUACAACAAUCUGCUGUCAUUGUUGAUAGCACCUCUGUUUUGGUUUCUAACAGGGGAGUAUGCAGAGGCAUUUUCGGCGGUGUCGUAUUUGUCGAGCGCCGGGGAAUUGUUCGAGCCGGUUGCAUUCUCGGCAGUGUCAUUGUCUUGCGUGUUCGGACUGCUGAUUAGUUUCUUCGGUUUCGCCUGCAGAAAGGCAAUCUCGGCGACUGCUUUCACGGUGACGGGAGUGGUGAAUAAGUUUCUGACGGUGGCGAUCAAUGUGGUGAUUUGGGAUAAGCAUGCCACUCCAUUUGGUUUGGUUUGUUUGCUGGUGACUAUUGUGGGAGGGGUUCUUUACCAGCAGUCUGUCACCGGAGCUGGGAAUUCUUCGAAUAAGCCGACGAAUAGUAAGAACGACGACGACAAUGUGGAUAGCGGCGAAGAGAAUGGCUUGUCUGGUAAGAUUUCUGGUGUAUGAGUUAUGAACUAGAGCAUCAAUUCUUGUUCAAGUAGCUACAAAAAUUGGUUCUUGGUAACUAACUAUCAUAAUGUCUCAUUUACAGAGUU